UGCGGGGUCAGGCAGCCCCUGCCCUCCCCCGGGGGGACGGGCCAGCCCGCCGGGGAGCCGGGCUUUUCCGUGGGUUUGUGCUGUCACCCCGUCUGGGGACAAAGUUUGGGAAUAAAGGGAGGGCUUCCCCGCCUAAUCCCGGAAGGGAAGGAGAGCUGAGAAGGGCAAGCGCGACCGCCUGCUCCGUGGAGGGCCGUUCCCUGCUUCCCGCACCUCCGGCUCGGCUCCUUCUUGUGAUGCUCGCGGGGGACGGGGCCGGGGCUCUCGGCGGGGUGCUGGGCGCGCUGCGGGGCUGUAGCCGUAAGGAAUGAGUCUCCACGCUCUCUCCACAGACUAGCCCCCGCUCAAACAGGAGACGUCCGAUUCUUCGGGUUCUCAAGGAUGCGAGUAACUUAGUGAUUCGUGUUCUGGUACCCACCUGGGCACUGCUGCCUCCUGGAGAUACAGCCCGAGGAACCGACCUGUUGGUAGAGCGAGCCCUGCGGAGACGCUCUAGAGGGACCACCCCCCACUUCUCAUCUCGCUGUGAGUGGACUAUGGUGGCAGGAAGAUGUUGGCUCGGAAGAGUAUCAUCCCCGAAGAGUAUGUGCUGGCACGGAUCGCUGCCGAGAACCUGCGCAAGCCGCGCAUCCGGGACCGGCCGCGCAAAGCCCGCUUCAUCGCCAAGAACGGCGCCUGCAACCUGGCGCACAAGAACAUCCGCGAGCAGGGGCGAUUCCUGCAGGACAUUUUCACCACCUUGGUGGACCUGAAGUGGCGUCACACGCUGGUCAUCUUCACCAUGUCCUUCCUGUGCAGCUGGCUGCUCUUUGCCAUGAUGUGGUGGCUGGUGGCUUUCGCCCACGGCGACAUGGACCCGAGCACAGAAAACGCCGCCAACAGCACCAAGUGGACGCCGUGCGUGACGUGUGUCAGGUCUUUCACCUCCGCUUUCCUCUUCUCCAUUGAAGUCCAGGUGACCAUUGGUUUUGGGGGCAGGAUGAUGACAGAGGAAUGUCCCUUGGCCAUCACGGUGCUGAUCCUGCAGAACAUUGUGGGUCUGAUCAUCAAUGCCGUCAUGCUGGGCUGCAUAUUCAUGAAAACAGCGCAAGCCCACAGGCGGGCUGAGACCUUGAUUUUCAGCCGGCAGGCCGUGAUCGCGGUUCGCAACGGCAAACUCUGCUUCAUGUUCCGAGUGGGAGACCUCAGGAAGAGCAUGAUCAUCAGCGCCUCGGUGAGAAUCCAGGUCGUGAGGAAGACCACGACCCCCGAAGGAGAAGUCAUACCCAUUCACCAGGUAGACAUCCCCGUGGACAACCCCAUCGAAAGCAACAACAUUUUCCUUGUGGCGCCGCUGAUCAUUUGUCACGUCAUAGACAAGCGGAGCCCUCUCUACGACAUCUCCGCCGCUGACCUGGCGCUCCAGGACCUGGAGCUCAUCGUGAUACUUGAAGGAGUCGUGGAAACAACGGGCAUCACGACGCAGGCCAGAACCUCCUAUGUGGCCGAGGAGAUCCUGUGGGGCCACCGCUUCGUGCCCAUCGUCACCGAGGAGGAAGGUGUGUACGCAGUCGACUACUCCAAGUUCGGCAACACCGUCAAGGUGGCGGCGCCGCGUUGCAGCGCUCGGGAGCUCGAUGAGAAGCCCUCCAUCCUCAUUCAGACCCUGCAGAAGAGUGAGCUGUCCCACCAAAACUCCCUGCGGAAGCGCAACUCCAUGAGGAGGAACAACUCCAUUCGGAGGAGCAACUCCAUGCGGAGAACCAACUCCUCCCUCAUCGUGCCCAAAGUGCAGUUCAUCACGCCCGAGGGGAGCCAGAGUGCCUCGGAAACGUGAGGCACAGCUUUGUGUGAGGCCGCUGGGCUUU